AUGGGAUUAUUAACCAACAUUCAAGACAAGCUUGCGGGCAACAAGGAUGGUGUAAACAGCUCUUACGACACCACCAACUCCUCCCACCAACCAACACACGGCACGACUACCACCUCAACCAACCCUUUGUCCAGCAGUGCUCCUCAUGGCAACAGUGGCAUUACGGGAGGCUCGCACCCUCUUGUGAGCGGUGAUAACAACACCACUGCCACUCCUGGCUAUGGUAGUGGUCAGGGAAGCCAUCUGUCGAGCUCCACUGGACAGUACACAAACACUGGUGUUGCUGGCACUCAUCAUUCCGGUCCAGGUCUUACAGGCACAUCUCACUCCACUGGCCUCACCGACAGCUCGCAUACCGGCAACACUACUCACAGCAGCCACCAUGUUGGGGAAGACAACCGUGGAAUGAUGGAUAAAGCCAAGGAUGCCCUGAGCUCGAAACGCUCGAACCACCCUGAUGAUCCCAUCACUGGUACCAACUACGACCAGAAGACACGCGAUCAGUACACUGACGGCUCUCAUACCACUGGAUCGCACGGUGGUAUUGCCUCUCACCAGCAGCACGGCAGCAGCGGUUUGACUGGCACAUCUCACUCGGGCCCCGGCCUGACUGGUACAUCUCACUCCGGUGGCCUCACCGACAACUCACACACUGGACAUGGCCUCGGCAGCAACACCCACACUACUGGUAGCGGGCUGACCAGCGGCACAUCCCACCACGACACCCACACUGGCUCUUCAGGUCAGCAUGUCGGAAUCAUUCCUGCAUCGCACCCUGCGGCCAACAACCCCAGCGCGAUCCCAACCGCAGGUGGACAGAGAGUUGGCAGUGUUGAUGCGAAUAUCGGCAAUUCUGGUUCGCACGCGGGUGUACAUGAGACAAUGGGAGACAAAGUCAAGAACGCCCUUCCCGGCCAGCAUGGCAACGCACACGAUGCAUAUGGAAACCCAAUCCACCCAUCAAGCACCAGCGCUCACACCACUCAUCCAACCGGUUCGCACGCCACUGGCACCCACACAGCUGGCGGACUUACAGGAUCGAACACCACCCAUGGUACCCACUCUGGCCCUGGUUUCUCCUCUUCAGCUCAGCCUCUCAGCCACGACUCUCACUUUAAUGAUCGCCACUCUGGUCCAGGUGCCGGUACUGGCCUUGCCGCAGGCGCUGUUGGAGGCGCCGGUCUCGCCAGCGCAGGUCACCACAACACUCACGAUCAGACGACAGGAACUCACGGUCUUGCCUCUCACCAGCAGCACGGAACUACCGGCCUGACCGGCAGCAACACUCACAGCAACACCCAUACUGUUGGAGAGGAUAACCGCGGACUCAUGGACAAAGCCAAGGAUGCCUUGUCUUCUAAGCGUUCCAACCAGCCCGACGACCCCAUCACCGGCACCAACUACGACCAAAAGAACCGUGACCAGCACACCACCGGCACUCACGGAAGCGGUCUAACAGGCACCUCGCACGACAACAACUCCGCCUACAACUCCACUUCCCACCAGUCUGGUAUCUCAGGCAUCACUUCCGGCGUCGGCCAGACCCACCUUGGAAGUAACACUCACUCGGGAACUCACAGCAGUGGCCUGACCCACGAAAGCACCCACAUCGGCCGCAGUGCCGAGUGGAAGGACGGCUACCAGGCUGGAUACCGCGAGGCUCAGCUUGCUUUCAACUCUCACUCUUCCUCUACCGGUACGCACUCUGGAAGCCAUCUCGGCUCGUCUGGAAACUACCCUUCUACUUCUACUGCACCUGGAUACACGGGUACCACUACCAAGCCAACUAUGGGUGAUAAGUUGAACCCCAAGACGGAUGCUGAUCGCGAUGGAAAGGUCGGUAUUAUGGAUUAA